UAUUAUUUUUUCUAAUUCAAAGAAGAAAAACCGAUCAGUACCGACCGUACGUGAGAGAUAACUGACGUUUCUAUUGAUAGGUGGCCGCGAUAUCGUUGACCCCAGCACCAGUCAAUAGUUAUAUAUAGGUUAGGUUAGGCUCCUUUCUCUUCACAAUUACUUCAAGCUGCUCCCGUUUUGUUUCACCCCUUUCACCGUGCGCGCGUGCUCGACAUCCAUUCACCAAUUCAUCGCCACUACUACGCGUCAUUACUAUUUUACUAUCCUCAAAAAACCAACAAUCUUGUCCACGAAUCGUGAUAAUUGCUUUGUUUGACUUUGUUCGCGGCUUCGGUUAUAAAAGAUUUGCGCUCAUUCUACAUUAAGUACAAAAGAAAUUCAAUAUUUCUCACAUUACUCUAAUGACUUUUCACAUUUGAAAAAAAUAAAUUUCAAGGACUUUAUUUGUAAAAUUUUUUUGCGCUGUGCCAGGGCUGAGAAAUCGAAAGGAAAUCAUUUAUAAACCCUUGUUCCACUCACACAUGCGUGUGUGACAUUCACAACCAGUGACAGCCGUUUCAUGUAGUUUCAAGAUGGAGAGAAAACAAUGUCGUGACUACUGCUCUCACACAAGGGGGUUGUAAACACAGCCUGGGUCGUCGGUGAAUCUGUUAGUUUUGCGUGAGAUCGACAAGAACAGAAAAGUGUAAUGGCGAAAUCUGUGCUAAGUUCGGACACGAUGCCAAAGGCCGGUCGUGUAAACGAAGUAUGCCGCGAAUGGUUGGUACAUGAAGACGGGGCAUUGGCUUAUCGGCUUCAAGAUGAAGAAAUUAAGGAACAUUAUACCGGCAACAAAACACGUAAUGCACAAGUGAGAGAAGAUGUGCCACGAGCCAAAGUCGAACAGGAAUUAGAAGCGCUAAAAUAUCAAUCUUAUAUUCAACAACAGGAAGAGAGAGAUGCGCUUGUCGCAAGACAGAUUGCACUUUCUUUGGAGCGAGAAGAGAAGCAGAAAGAGCGCGAAUUGCAAGAAAUGAUGAGAUUACAGUUAAGAUUGGGAGAUGAAGCUAUGCAGCAAGAGUUUGAAAAACGUAUGCAAGAAGAAAAAGAUGAGGAGCUGGCGAAAAAGUUACAAAAAGAAGAAGAAAAUCAUGACGAUCCGGAAGAUGAGCAAUUUAUAUUGGAUCAAAAAUUAGCGAUGGAGGCGCAAGAUGCUGAGUUGGCACGAAUGCUUCAGGAUAAGGAGCGUGCAAAGGCUCGUAAAGCGCGAGAAAGGGUGAAACAGAAGAAGCUAGAGCGGGAGCGUCUGCAACAACAACAGCAACAGGCAGAUGAACAAGAUCUCACCGAACGACCUCAAAGACCAGACAGACUGGACUUGAAGACCCUGUCAAACAAGAAUCGAACCCGUUAUCCUGCCAAUUAUUCUCAUUAUUCAGAUCCUGAGGAAAUCCAUACGUUGGACAGUCCCGACAAUGUGCGAGAAGUGGCAAAUGUCGCAACCAUUAUCGAUCCUACUUACAGUAUGCAUAGAGGUACUUUUUCGAGCAGCUCGAGCAGCACAAUAAGCCCCACUUAUGUUUUACCGACGCCACCACAAGAGCUAAUGACAGAUGAUAUACCGUGUUAUAUGCCGAUUCAAGGCCAGCGACGAAAUCAGGCUCAAUCACCAUCCAACGUCCAAGAGGAGAAACACAAGCGGCGAGUUAAAGAUGGGUGUAAGCAUCAGUAAGAAACAUAAAGCUGAGAGAGAUUAAUAUUUUUUAUAAAAAUUUUUUUUUUAUUGUCAUCAAACGAUGACACAAAUUAACAAGCAGUAUUCAUUUCUAAGAUCU